UCGCCCGCCCCGAAGCGCCGACGCGCGGUCCCUAGUUAAGGCGGCACAGGGCCGGGGCGGAGUGUGGGUCGCUGCUCCGUUCUUUGGGUCGGGUCGUUUGUGAUACUCCACCGCAGCCAUGGCAGAACCGCAGCCCGCGUCCGGCGGCCUCACUGACGAGGCCGCCCUCAGUUGCUGCUCCGACGCGGACCCCAGUACCAAGGAUUUCCUAUUGCAGCAGACCAUGCUACGAGUUAAGGAUCCUAAGAAGUCACUGGAUUUUUAUACUAGAGUUCUUGGAAUGACGCUAAUCCAAAAAUGUGAUUUUCCUUCUAUGAAGUUUUCACUCUAUUUCUUGGCUUACGAGGAUAAAAAUGACAUCCCUAAAGAUAAAGAUGAAAAAAUAGCCUGGGCGUUCUCCAGAAAAGCUACACUUGAGCUGACACACAAUUGGGGCACUGAAGAUGAUGAGACCCAGAGUUACCACAAUGGCAAUUCAGACCCUCGAGGAUUUGGUCACAUUGGAAUUGCUGUUCCUGAUGUACACAGUGCUUGUAAAAGGUUUGAAGAACUGGGAGUCAAAUUUGUGAAGAAACCUGAUGAUGGUAAAAUGAAAGGCCUGGCAUUUAUUCAAGAUCCUGAUGGCUACUGGAUUGAAAUUUUGAAUCCUAACAAAAUGGCAACUAUAAUUUAGUGCUGUGAGAAUUCUUCUUUGAGAUUUCAGAAAAAAGGAAACAAUGUGAUUCAAGAUAUUUACAUACCAGAAGGCAGAAGCAUCUAGGACUGAUGGAUCACUGUCCCGAUUCAAAUUAUUCUUCAGUCCAUUCCCCCUUCCUAUUUCAGCUGUUCUUUUCACCUAACUGUUCAUCGUUCUGGUUUUCAAGUGUGCUUUAUCUUAUGUCCUUGAAUAUAGUUGUAUAACUUUACUUUUUAGGUAGUAAUUAGAACAGUUCCCUUCAGAGGCUGCAUUUAUCUUCUUAUGCCUCCUAAAUAUUACUUCUCUUCAAGUCUGCCUUUGAAUUAUCAUUUUCAAAAAAAAAAACAUUUAACGUGUUUUUCUUGUGGUUAUCUUCUGGGGUUUCAAUUCCUCAGAAACAACUUUUUUCACUAUGGAAAGUAAGGAAGACUGAAAGUGUUCUUUCAGUAAAGUAUAAAGUGUUUAUUUUACAAAAGAGAAGGUACUCUUGAGAGCAAUUCAGAAUCAUGCUGACAAGUAUACUGAUAGAAAAGUAUACUGAUUGAAAAAGUAAUUUCUCCUUAUUUAUAAAGUACAUUUAAAGUUCAAGGACUGACCUCAUUUAUUUGGGAAAGGGGAGGAGGAAGGAAAUGAUACGGUGCCCAGACACUGGGCUAGGCUGCAGCUUUAUCUCAUUUGCUACUCCCAGCUAUCAUGUGAGAAAGAAAGCAGGCUAGACAUGCGAAAUCACUUUCAUGGAUACUUAAUGGAUUUAAGAUAGCAUAAAUUGGCUCAACUCCUCAAUAUUUCAUAAUCAUUUUUAGUAUUUAGACUGUGCCUCAAAGUUGUAGUACCUCAGAAGACCUCCUUCUCUGGUUUCUUGUUGUAAAAACCUUCAGUGAGUAUAACCCUUGUGCUCUUGGCCCUUGGGCCUGAGUACCAUAGUGAGGGAAUAAACACUACAAGUCUUUAGUACAAAACUGCUCUAGGGACACCUGGUGAUUCCUACAUAAGUGAUGUUUAUAUUUCUCAUAGAGAGUCUUCCCUACCCCAAGGGCUUCAUGAUGCCAGUAGCCAUAUUUGAUAAAUUAUGUUCAGUAAUAGUUAUCAGAAAUCAGCUCGGUGGUCUUCCCUGCCAUGAUUGACAUUUGAUGGGUUUUUAAAAAUCAAAGUGAUUUUUGAAACUCUCUAAUGGCACAGAAAAUAAAAACAUCCAGUUUGUGGUUGACUAUGUUUAGAUUUUCUCUAGACUCUAGUGGAAAACCUUUGGAAAGGCCAUGCCACCCAUGCUUGUACGGCUAGAAGCACUUUACAUUUCCUUUUUGGGUGAAAUGGAUUUAUGUGAGUGCUUUAAACAAACAGCAAUACUUAUAGACAGAAAUAAAAUGAAACUUCAAAUGAGAC